GAGAUGGCCCCUUUCCGGGAAUUAUUGACUUGUAUGGAACUGGAGGAGGACUCCCUGAAUACAGAGCAUGCCUGCUGGCCAACUAUGGCUUUGCUGUGAUGGCUCUGGCUUACUAUGGCUAUGAAGAUCUCCCCAAAGAGAUGAAGGAAUUCCACCUGGAAUAUUUUGAAGAAGCUGUAAACUAUAUGUUACAACACUCCCAGGUUAAAGGUCCGGGCAUUGGGUUGCUUGGCAUCUCGAAGGGGGGUGACCUGUGCGUCUCCAUGGCUUCCUUCCUGAAGGGCAUCACGGCCACCGCCCUUAUCAACGGCUCGGUGGCCAAUGUGGGUGCAGUGCUGCGCUACAAGGACGUCACCAUUCCGCCCCUCGGUCUCGAUGCGAAACGCGUCAGGGUCAGCGAGUCCGGGAUCGCCGAUAUCGUGGACGUGCUGGACAACCCGCUGGAGGAGCCCGGCCGCCAAAGCCUCAUCCCUCUGGAGAGGGCCGAGUGUCGCUUCCUCUUCAUUGUUGGCCAGGACGAUCGCAACUGGAAAAGCGAAUUCUUUGCGGUUGAGGGGAGCAAACGUUUGCAAGCUCAUGGGAAGGAAAAGCCUGUGAUAUUCUGUUAUCCCAGAGCGGGGCACUACAUUGAACCCCCCUUCUUCCCAAUGUGUGGGUCCUCGAUGCACCUGCUCAUCGGCAGGCCUGUGGUGUGGGGAGGGGAGCCCAAGGCACACUGCGAGGCACAGGUAGAUGCUUGGCGGCAGAUCCAAGCUUUCUUCCACAAACACCUCACAGGCAAACCAUCUGGAACAUCCAGUAAGCUGUGA